GUAUACCACUCCAGCUUUGUUGAUGAGGAGGGCAUAACAAAAGCCUGUGGAUGCCCUCUUCUCCCACUAAAAACUCACAUCAAGGGCCCUGCUCCAGUCUCAGAUCCAGACAAGAUUGAUAUUGUUGACGAAUCUAUAUCCUUCUUUCGAGCUAACGUCUUCUUCAGGAAUUUUGAUAUUAGAAGUUCUGCAGAUAAGCUGCUCAUUUACCUUACAUUUUACAUUAAUGUGGCCUUGAAAAGGCUUGAAGGCUGCAGAACUUUGGCUGUGGGUACCAAAGCAAUAAUAAAUCUGGGCCUGGAAAAUGUUCCAGUUCCUGGAGAACAAGGCUUUCCUUUUCCUGGACUCUUUACCUAUCCACAAUCUCAAGAAGAAGCAGAGCUCUUCAGGAAUUAUUUGAAGCAGAUAAGGGAAGAAACAAGCGGUAGAUUACUUAGCUGUGCCUACAGGUCUAAUGGUACCCCUAACAAAUGGUGGUUGGCUUUUGCAAAAAGGAAGUUUGUGAACAUUAUUGUUAAUUAAGGAGUUGGCUUGGCCGCUUGGGGUUGGUAUCUGGAUUCAUUUUCUCGAAUUCUUCUUGCGUUUGUUUUUGGUUAUUUAUGGUGAUAUUAAAUAAUACGCAUAUCUCAUUCACUUA